AUGGAUUUGUCCAAUAAUGAUAUAACUAAAUUAGAUGUAAGCGAUUGUUAUGAACUAGAGAAAAUAAUUGUUGCAAAUAAUAGUCUUACUAAAUUACUAAAUCUGCCUAGAGAUAUUAUUAAUCCUGAAAAGCUAACAUAUUUAAGCAUGAUGAACAAUAAUAUUCAUAAAAUUACUUUGAAUUAUUUUCGAAACUUCUAUAACUUAGUAGAAUUAUAUAUAGGUACAGAUGAUAUACUAAAAAUAGAACAAGGUUCUUAUAAUCGUUUUCAUGGCUCUCUAAAACCUUUAAAAAAUUUGAUGAAACUAGAGGUUUUGGAUAUUUCUAACACUGAUAUUAGUAAAGGCUUAAGGCAUUUACCGAAUAGCUUAGAAAAAUUCUAUUAUGAUGCUAAUCGGCCCGGAGCCCAAGUAAAAAGAAUUAAAGAGAAGCUUAAAACUUUUGAAGGUGAUUUGAAGAAAUAUAAGAAAGAAAAAUCAAUAAAACUAUUACGUAAAAAAUCAGUAGAAAAUUAUGAACCAGAAGAUCAAUUGGAAAUUAAUAACUUGUUAAUAGUAGGACGUACCGGCAAUGACGAGAUGUUCGAACAUAAUGAAAAAUUAUAUCGAGUAGUUGAUACAAUAGGAGUGGGUGACAUUAAAUUAUCAAAGAAACAAGUCUUACUAAGAAUAGCCGAAGCUGUCUAUACUAUGAAAGAAGGGAUAAAUCAAGUUUUUUUUGUUGUAGGAAGAAGAUUCACUAAGGAAGAGAUUGAUACUUUUGAGUUACUAAAAAUAGUUAUUCUCGAAAGUAAUAUCAUCAAACAUACUACAAUAAUAAGAACCAAUUUUACUAAUUUUCGGUAUUCUGAUAGAGCUAAAACUGAUCGUCAAGAAAUAUUGGAAGAAAAUAAGGAUCUUGCAGAAAUAAUAAAUUCAUGCAAUGGAAUUAUUCAUAUUGAUGCUCCUCCGAUUAAUGUUGAUAGUGAAGAUCGUUUACGUUUAAACAAAGAAGACAGGAAAGAAUCAAGAAAUAUAUUACUAAAUCACAUAGAGAGUUUUCAUGGAAAUUAUAAACCAUAUAUAAAAACUUGGGAUCAACUUUAUGUAAAGAUUCGUAACUACAUAAAAAUGAAGUAUGAGUUAGAAGAAAUCUUACAAAAUUCGAAUUCUUCUGCGGAGAUCAGUAAAAUAAAAGAUAAAAUAGAAAAAUUAGAAGAAAAAGUUGCCAAAGAAACGGAUUUGCAAUGCGAUGUAGAAAUACCUUUGUUUGCGAAAAUAAAACUUCAUUUUAAAAGCAAAAAUG